AUGCCUUCUUUGCAGGCGAGACACGAAAAACGAGCUCAUGAUACCAUGUCCCAACAUACCCGGCCGUCGAGUCCAGAUGGCAGGUCAUCCACAUCCCAAGACGGCGAGCCGGGUCAGAGUACCGACCGCCCAGGGAAGAGGAUGAAGUAUGCGCCCAAGGCAUGCGAGGGGUGCCGAUCCCGAAAGAUUAGGUGCUCGGGCGAGCGACCGUGCUUUCGCUGCGCGCGAAUGGGCAAACACUGCACCCUCCUCGACGAGCCCGUGGCUAUCAGUGUCCCACAGACCCAGACGACCUUUGCCAUGGCAAGCGAGACAGCACACCCUUCCUCGACUACCCUGCAGCACUCCAUCACCUCCCUCGUUUCCGGCCUCCAGGUGAUGGAGGCAAACAUGAUGGCGAUGCGUCGCGCAAUGCUCGAAGCCGGCCUGAACGUACCUACCCUCGAGGCGGAAACACAAGGUGUUCAGCCUACAAACGCACUUGCUGCUCGACUGGCCAAUGAACUGGACCCAGGUAGACCGAUUUCUCGUACCAAUGGAAUCUCUCCUGUCUCUCCGCUAUCAGCUUCUGCCGACUUUGCGGAGUCGGCGCGUAACCUGUCCCACACCACGAUCGACCAGCCCACUGUGCAAGUCCAGUGCGGGUCCAUGACCGUUUCACUACCUGUCGCCUCCAAGCACACCGAAUACUUGGACUGUUACUUUGCACAGCUCAAUUCCUUCCAUCCUACCGUCAACGAGAACCAGAUUCGCGAGCAGUCUGACAGGCUUUACGGUCAAAUUCUUGGCCGCAGGGGCCACAAGGUCGUCCCUUCAUCCUCGGCCCCAUUUCUGGCCCUCCUGCUUUCCAUCUAUGCCAGCACGGAGGCCCUCCAACGCUCCGUGUCACCGCCGACGGACUCCAGACGACCUGGCUACCCAUGGUAUCGCCAAGCUCGCGACCUUACGGGUACCAGAGAACGCCCUAGCGAUGUCAGGGACAUUACCAGCGUUCAGACGCUGGUCAUCCAGACUUUCUUCUUCGUGUACUCUGGAGACAUGCUUGCGGCAUAUGCAACCAUCGGACGUGCUGCUCGCCUCUGUUACUUGCAGGGUAUCAAUCGACCACUCCGAGCGUCAAGCGCGACACCAUUCGAGUUACACAUGCGGCAGCGCGUGGUGAUGGUUGUGUACUUUAUGGACCACCGCUUGUCUUUAAACACUGGCCGACCAUACUGCAUGCGGUGGGACGACAUUGACGUCUCUGAGCCAUCGGGCGUCAACGAUCUGGACGUCUUCCAUGACAUGCCUCUCCCCCCAGAGCCAACCGUCAGCAGCCUGCAACCCUACCUCCGAUGGUACCUGGCGUUUGCCCACUACGCUGGAGCCACGUAUGACUGCAUGUCCAGCGGCAAGCUCUCAUCGGCUGAGCGUGCGCUGGCCAUCGAGCAACUGGACCAGCAACUGGACGCGUGGACGCGUGAAUUUGACGCGAGUCCCGUGUUAACGCCAACUGGGGCAUUUCUCACAACGCUGUACAGACAACAGCGACUCAUAUGCCGAACACUCAUGGUCAACCUGCGUCUUCUCCUCCGACGAUCCAAGAUUCUGUCGUUGAACUAUGACGACACUGCCGGAGCUCUUGCGUCUGAGCUGUCCUGCGACAUUGUGUCAAGCAUCUACGCUGCGACUCAAGACCCGGCCUGGUCGUCGUCCGACUUUCUCAGGUGUCACGCCCCGACGGUCGUGUUCUCCCCCAUUGUCAUACUGGCGACGCUCCUCAUCCGCCAGCGUGGGCAUGUCUCGCACGCCGUCGAGCUCGCGUUUCGCCAGGCGGCACAGCUCAUCUGGGACAUGGCGAAAGAGUGCAUCGUGGGCGGCUACGUCGAGGCCCAGCUUGCCGAAGUCAUCCGCAUCGCGACCGACUUGCUCAACGAAACGUCGUCAUCCGAGCACCAGGUAUCCGACACGAAUGCCGUCGCCCUUGCAGACCUGUUCUCCACCGAGCUGCAGAACAUGGCGGCCUACGGCAGUUUCCCAGAGACGGGCGGUUCACUCGAAUGGCUCGAGGGACUCGGAGCGACGGGUGCGGCGACGGAGCUUAACUGGAACUCUUUGUUCAUGGGGUUGGAAUGA